AAGAAGGGUUCCUGGUUGUCAGGUGACGGGCUGGUCACGUGCCCCCGCCGCCGCCGCUUCUUUCCCCGAGACGCCGCCGCCGCCGCCGCCGCCGCCUGUUUCUGGCUCCCUCUCUCUCUGGGUUCCCUCAGUCUCUCCUUCCCUCCUUCCCCUUGUGGCGCCACCACCAUGCUGCUGUCGUGCCUGCCGGAGCUGUACUUCAACGUGGACGGCGGGUACCUGGAGGGGCUGGUGCGGGGCUUCAAGGCCGGCGUGCUCUCCCAGGCGGACUACCUCAACCUCGUCCAGUGCGAGAGCCUCGAAGACCUGAAGCUGCACCUCCAGAGCACCGACUAUGGGAACUUCCUGGCCAACGAGGCCUCUCCGCUCACCGUCUCCGUCAUCGACGACAAGCUGAAGGAGAAGAUGGUGGUGGAGUUCCGCCACAUGAGGAACCACGCCUACGAGCCCCUGGCCAGCUUCCUGGACUUCAUCACGUACAGCUACAUGAUUGACAACGUCAUCCUCCUGAUCACGGGGACCCUCCACCAGCGCUCCAUCGCGGAGCUGGUGCCCAAGUGCCACCCGCUGGGCAGCUUUGAGCAGAUGGAGGCCGUCAACAUCGCCCAGACGCCGGCCGAGCUCUACAACGCCAUCCUGGUGGACACCCCUCUCGCCGCCUUCUUCCAAGACUGCAUCUCUGAGCAAGACCUGGACGAGAUGAACAUUGAGAUCAUCCGGAACACGCUGUACAAGGCCUACCUGGAGUCCUUCUACAAGUUCUGCAAGGCCCUGGGGGGCACCACGGCGGACGCCAUGUGCCCCAUCCUGGAGUUUGAGGCGGACCGGAGGGCCUUCAUCAUCACCAUCAACUCCUUUGGGACGGAGCUGUCCAAGGAGGACCGGGCCAAGCUCUUUCCGCACUGCGGGAAGCUCUACCCGGAGGGACUGGCCCAGCUGGCCCGGGCAGACGACUACGAGCAGGUCAAGGCCGUGGCCGACUAUUACCCGGAAUACAAGCUGCUCUUUGAGGGGGCCGGGAGCAACCCUGGAGACAAGACCCUGGAGGACCGCUUCUUUGAGCACGAGGUGAAGCUAAACAAGCUGGCCUUCCUGAACCAGUUCCACUUUGGCGUCUUCUACGCCUUCGUGAAGCUGAAGGAGCAGGAGUGCCGCAACAUCGUCUGGAUCGCCGAGUGCAUCGCCCAGCGCCACCGGGCCAAGAUCGACAACUACAUCCCCAUCUUCUGAGCCCCGGAUCUCCUUGCCUGCACUCUUCCCCCCCCCCCCCCGACCCCGAACCCCUUUAUUGCUCUCCCUUCAGACUCGUAACGUGUUCACUGUGCGUGUGCUCCGUGUAGGUCGGACUCAGUUGUUCAGUAUUCCUCAGAGUCGGGGCGAUGGACGAAGGAGGCCCCGCCGGGGGGGGGGGGGGUUGAUGGCAAGGGUCCCCAUGCAGCCCAGGCACCACCCUUGAAAUAAUGCUGCCUGAGGACUUGGGGGGGGGAUUCGUCUUGUGGCAUGCAGAGGAUUGCGUGAGGGAGGACCAAACUUAAACUGGUUUGACACUGGUUUGCCUCUUCUGCAUCUGGAAUAAGGGGAGGGGGUGCAUUGGGGGGGUCCUUCUGUGCUGCAGAGCUGGGUUGAACCCCCCCCCCCCACCCCCAAUAUUGUCCCUACUUGCUUCUUAUGGCCUCCCUCCUUGGUUUGCUUCUUCUGCAUCUGGAAUAAGGGGAGGGGGUGCAUUGGGGGGGUCCUUCUGUGCUGCAGAGCUGGGUUGAACCCCCCCCCCCCACCCCCAAUAUUGUCCCUACUUGCUUCUUAUGGCCUCCCUCCUUGGUUUGCUUCUUCUGCAUCUGGAAUAAGGGGAGGGGGUGCAUUGGGGGGGUCCUUCUGUGCUGCAGAGCUGGGUCGAACCCCCCACCCCCAAUAUUGUCCCUUCUUACUUCUUGUGCAGAGGAGAGGCCUUCCUUCCGUGGCUCUCAAGCCCCACAACAUCCCCACCUGCCCCUUUCUCCUCCUCCAAUGGGAGUGGGGGGCACUUCCGGUCCUGAGGAGACCCCCCCCCCAAGUGUUUCCUUUGCUGUUCAUCUUCCUUUUGAGCCGUGAUAAUAAACCAUCGACCGAAA